AUGUUUGCAGAAUCUCGUCGUGGUCUUCAUGGAAUCCAUAGAGUUCGUAGAUCGUCUCGUUACGAUCGUAGCACUAACAGUGGCAUUUGCUUUCCGAUCUUUUGCCCCUCCGUCAACCCCAAAUAUUUUUCGUCAACUCCUGUUCGUAUUUCCAAUUCUGCUGGUGCAACACCGGUUCGGGGGUCAGAGUGCGAAAUAAAGCUCCAGUCACCUUACUCUCCCGAAUUACCUCGGCCUCCGUCAGCCAAUAGUUUGGAAUAUACCCCGACUGGGAAAUUGUCUGAUACAGGUCCAAUUUUUUCCCCUCCUGGUCCCCCUGCAUCCCCAGUUCCUAGUCCCUCCGGAGAGUGCUGUUUCGCGCCAUCUCCUUCUCCUCCUUCAGCUAGCCCAAGCCCUUAUAUUCGUUUCAAAUUAAGGAAACGCAGGAAUGCAAUAUGCAGUCAAGCCCCAAUGGCAAAGGGGCUUCGAGAUUUCCUUGUCACCUACAUUGUAUCCCAUCUCACAGAUUCAAUGACCUCGUCUCUUAACCUCACUUCAUCCAGCUCCGCCACUCGAACAGCGGCAACAAUGAUGGAUGCAGAUGACAGUGAGCAGGAACCACACCAAACUGAGUCCUCUUUUCCUGAAGCUUCAGAUUCUACCACAAACAUGUAA